CCAUUGGCUGCAUUGAAACUCACCCAAUCAGCGCACAGAGUACACUAUAAAGGAGCGCUACGGCCCCCAUGUUGCGUUAUUUUGAAUCGGUUUAGGAUUGAGAGUUUGAGCUUGUGAUCAUGUCCGGCAGAGGGAAACAAGGCGGCAAAACCCGCGCUAAGGCCAAGACCCGCUCAUCCCGGGCUGGGCUGCAGUUCCCAGUUGGCCGAGUUCACCGCUUGCUGAGGAAAGGCAAUUAUGCCGAGCGGGUCGGGGCCGGAGCUCCGGUCUAUCUGGCCGCAGUACUCGAGUACCUGACCGCUGAGAUCCUGGAGUUGGCCGGGAACGCUGCCCGGGAUAACAAGAAGACCCGUAUCAUCCCCAGGCACCUGCAGCUCGCUGUGCGCAAUGAUGAGGAGCUGAACAAACUGCUCGGAGGGGUCACUAUCGCUCAGGGCGGGGUCCUGCCCAACAUCCAGUCCGUGCUGCUGCCCAAGAAAGCCGAGAGCUCCAAGGCGGCCAAGGGCAAGUAACGCUCCGAAACGCCGAGUAAAUCUCUAUAGAGAAACCCAAAGGCUCUUCUCAGAGCCGCC